UGAUUAUGGAGAGCCCUGUUCACCCUUUGACUGAGGGAGAUAAUCUGAUUUUACACUGUUUAUAUCAACAUAAAUCCUCAUCAAAACUCAGAGCUGAUUUCUAUAAAGAUGGAUCACUCAUCCAGAAUCAAACUACAGAGAUGACCAUCACUACUUUCUCAAAGUCACAUGAGGGUUUCUACUACUGCAAACAUCCAAAGAGAGGAGAGUCACCCAAGAGCUGGAUCUCAGUCAGAGCUUCCACAGACUCAAGAUCUGAUGGUCUCAAUCCCAUGAUAACUGGAGUGACUGCCGGACUGACUGUUGCAGUUUUGAUCAUUGUCUUCUUGGUGCUGCUGUGGUGCUACAGAAACGUCAAAGACAGUGUAAGUGGGCCUACUGAACACAUCUAUGAUGAGAUUGAACUGAAAUCUGCAACAAAACAGAAGAAAAAGAAAGAGAAGAAAGAGAAUGAAACUGAGAGUUCUGACUGCUUUUACUCUAAAGUCACACUGCAAACAGAUCAUGACAGUAAAAGUGGGCCUACUGAACACAUCUAUGAUGAGAUUGAACUGAAAUCUGCAACAAAACAGAAGAAAAAGAAAGGAAACAAAGGUAAACUAAAACAAUAG